UUAGAAAUGAUGUUGGGGAGGGUCAACACAUUCAGUGCCUGCCUUCAGAAUCCCAGUAAUUUCUUCCAGCUUAUGUGAGAAAUUUCUUCUAGCUCAUCUUUUCCUCUUUUUUAGUAUCUGUGCCUAUUACAGUCGAAGCCCAGGUGAAGGUUGAUAACAAGGUAUAUAAUAAAACAUUGGAAGACCCAGGUUCACCAUAUUACAAGGAAAUCGAAGUUCAGUUUAAGCAGCAGAUGAAAAACAUAUAUGAAAAUAUCCCUGGAUAUGUUGAUGUGAAGGUUAUCAGUAUGAGGAAAGGCAGCGUUGUUGUGAUCCAUGAAGUCAUCUUCCAAACUGUAAUAACAAAUGAAUUGUCCAUGAUUGAGAAGCAGAAGGAGUUUAUUACAAAUUCAGUGAAGCAGAAACUGGAAACCAUCAAUUCCACCCAGGAGUGUAAUGACACUUUGGAAUCCUUGUGCUUCCUUCCUAUGCCUAAUCCAGUUCUUAGCACCUCCUCAUCUUUUUCUGCAGAAGAAUAUUGCAAAAAAAUUAGUAUGCAGUUUGCAGACUACUAUUAUGCCAAUACAACAACAGGUGUUUUGCGCUGUGUCUCCAGAUGCACUAAAGAUACCCCAAACUCCAUCAACUGCUUCAACGGCAUGUGUCGCAUCUCUGAAAUAGGCCCCCAGUGCAUCUGUGAUAAUUUGGACACAUUUUUAUAUAUGGAUAGUCACUGCCAAUUACGCAUCCAAAAGAGCGCUCUGGGCCUUGGUCUUCCACUGGCAGUGCUCUUUGUGGUCAGUAUCAUCCUGACUGUGCUCCUCAUCAGAGCCAAGCGGAAGAAGUCUAGGGAAAGCUGGUCUGUAGAUGCUGGCAUCUGGUAUGGACAGGAGGGAGAAGAAGAAUGGAUACCCUCAGGGGGUCUGGGCAUCAUGAAUAAAGCAUCAGUCUCCUCCUGGGAUGCAGAAAGCAGAUACUGCCAUGUGUAAUCUGGAGACGGGUAUCAAGACAUGCAUGGUGUGCUGAGUGCAAUGAGCAUGAAACUGAGCAAACUCAGGGAGGCAGUGAAGGACAGGAAGGCCUGGCGCAAUAUGGUUCAUGGGGUCACGAAGAGUCGGACACGACUUAACGACUAAACAACAACAACAACAACUUAGAGCUGAACUUUUUAUUGUUGAUGCUUGCAAAUGAGCAUGUGAAUGAUGUAGUAUGCUGGGACUGUAAGCAGAUUUUUUUUUCUCUUUUUUAUUUUAAUUAUUCUUUAUUUUAAAAGAUUAUAUAAUAUAAGCAGAAUACCAAAAUAGAUGGUAUAAACUAACCUAUUCCAAAUUUGGUUUCCAUCCAAACGUAUACUAAAAGUUUUUACUAGUUUUGUAUAGCUGUAUUCCACCAAGCUCAGGUUUUGUGUUCAAUUUGGGAUAGUAAUCAAAUUUUGGGGUCCUUUACUAGAAUGUUGUUGGGGAUUAUGGCUAUUCUCCAGAAAUUAUUAAAAACUAUUGGCAAUAGUUAGAUUUCUGUUUUACUUCCCAAAAUUGAUAACAUCCUACCCUUUCACACAUACAGUACAUACAUAAACAUAUUUUCUCUGUAUGUGGAUCAAUGACUAAAAUUCAACCUUGGCUGUAUUAUGUGCAAAUUUGUUUCUUCUGGUUUCAGAUGAAACCUGCUUUUCCAUGGACCUCAGAACUUUGUUUAUACUUCUUUUU